AUGAGUUUCCACUACCAGACCACAUACUCCCCGCCCUCCUCCUCGGGAGCCGCCACCCCGACCACCACCACCUCGGGCGGCUCGUCCAAUUACUUCGGCUCGGGCCUAUACAGCGCCUUUGGCGGCCUAAUCCGCCGCCUGUCGAGCGAGCCCAACGGCAGCAUGACGUCCCACAACCACCACAACCACCACCGGUACGACGACGAUGACGACGACGACGGCGACCAGAAAGGCGUCAACGGCGUCUACAACCCCCGCGGCCGAAAGGCGAGCAGGGCUCCCCGCCGCCGCAGCCCCUCGCCGCUGCAGCCGCCGCCCCUAAGCCCGCUCGUGCUGCGCGGCUUCCGCGACGACACCCCGGCCUCGGCCCGCCUGCUGACGGGCCCCGUGGCCGAGGAGAUCCGCAUCAUGGUGCCCGAGCGCCUGCGCAUUGAGGAGGACUGGAAACUUGUUUAUAGCCUCGACCAGGACGGCGCCAGCCUCGCCACCCUGUACGAGAAGUCGGCCGAGUACAGAGGCCGCCGCGGCGGCUUCGUGCUGGUUGUGCGCGACGACGAGGGAGAGACCUUUGGCGCCUACCUCUCUGAGGCGCCACACAUUUCAGGGCACUACUUUGGCACCGGUGAGUGCUUCCUGUGGCGCGCCUCAGUCAUGGCCUCGCUGCCGCCCCCGCCCUCGGCCGACACGACCAACCUGACGGGCCGCACCACCACCGUCCCCGCUGCGGCGCCGCCAAAGCUGGUCCCCAUAUACGACACGGACCUCGAGACGCACGGCACGAGCGAGUACCACCUGCACGCCGACGACGAGCCCGGCGCCGGCCACGGCCGCAACCACGGCCUCCUGACGCCGCCGCAGCCCCCCGCCUCGCCCUCGAUCCGCUUCAAGGCGUUCCCGUACUCGGGCGUCAACGAGUACUACGUCUACUGCGAGCCGCUGUGGCUGAGCGUCGGCGGCGGCGACGGCAAGUACGGGCUCUGGCUCGACGACUCGCUCGAGAAGGGGGUCAGCGCCCGGUCCCUGACCUUUGGCAACGAGCCCCUCAGCGACCAGGGCGACAAGUUUGGCGUCCUCGGCGUUGAGCUGUGGAUCAUCGGGGCCAAGGACUAG